AUACUGAUAACUGUAAACACUUAUUAAAUUAUGGCACGCUUCGCGCCUUUACUGAUUCCCAAAAGGGAAUGGGAGAGAAUAAAAAAUCAAGCAAAUUCAGAAUCGGAAUAUAAAACGCCUUGCCAUGUGGACAUCGAAGCUAUGAACGCACAGUCGAGAAAAUGGACCAGCACCUGGCCAGAUUCGUCACAGGGGAAAGUCAAUAAGAUGACCAUGAAGAACAGGAAAGCUCGAUUGGAAGAGAUGGUGGAACUCGAAGCUUUCUAUAAGAAGGAGAAACGCGAUAAUGUGGCUGAAAACUUGAGACGGGCUAGAAAUAUGAUUUUUGAAAGAACUGGUUACGGCAGGGAAUUGUUAAGUGCUCUUGUAGAAUCUAAAACGUUGGAGGAACGAGACAUACAAAUAAAAUUUGUUAAAGACAUACAAGAAAAGGAAAAGAUAAUAGAAGAGGCUAAAUUAAAAGUAGACAAUCUUAUGUACGCUGAAUUUGAAAAACGAGAGAGCGAGAGAGUUCUUAAGAAAAGGAAAGAAAGAGAAGAUGCAGAAUGCAAUAAAAUGAUAACAGAGAUGAAAAAAGAAGACGCUAUUAGAACUGCUGAAAUGGAGAAAAAUAAUCGUCAGGAAGAUGAACUGUUGAUAGAAAAGUUUCGUCAGUUACAAAUUGCAGAGGAGAAACGCGAUCAUUGCCUUGACAAGGAAGCCGACAAAAUGUAUGAAGAGCAAAACAAAGCCAUCAAAGAGUGGAGAGAGAAAAGAGAGGCUCUGGAUCAAAAGCUAGCCGACUUGUGGUGCAAGCACCAGGACAGGAUCCGGCGAAAAGAGAAACAAGUCUUCAACCAAAUACAUAAAGAAAAACACGUCACCGGAUACUUUAAAGAAAAUUAUGAAUUGAUUCAACGCCUCCAAGAAGAAAAAGAGAAGAAAUACUACGAUUUUAUUGAUAAAGGAGUAAAGAAGUUAGAGAAACGAUUGCAAAAGAGGGAAAAGGAAGAACAACUGAAAAGAGACCAACAACGAAGUUUGAGAACUUCUCAAGCUCAAUGCUCGGAACUGCCUAAUCAGCAGAGGUGUGAAGAGUAUCAUCGGAAAAUCUGCGUCGACAAACUGAGCUUCCUUCCCACGAGACCUGGGAAACUCCACUCUAAACUAGGUCCACUCAAAGAAUCCUGCCUUCCCCCGCCCCACCCGCCACGACCGCAGUUCCUAGCGCCAUCUACCGCACUGCAAGACGCGCUGAAGCAACGCCGCGCUCAGCCAGGCGGUUGGUCAGGGACAGAAGCGGCGCAUGAGCAAUUUGCUAGACACGCCGCCGCCGCGCUCAAGGAAGCUGCGUAUAAGCGCCCAGUACAGAAAGUCAUUAAGAGUUACUGCAAAACGAAUAAUGUAAAGGAGCUGCUAAUUCCAAUACUUUGAAACGCUUCAUAUACACGUAUACUUUUGGAAAAGGAGAUGAAAUAAAAUAAAAUUUCGACAAUCA